AGUGUGUGGCGCUAAUAGCUCUACUUAGUGGUGCUGCUAGCUUUGCACUAACAUUUCUUGCGCUUUGUUACUUCUGUUGCAAGUUUUAAAGCCCACUGAUGACUGAAACUCAAGUACAAAUAACAUAAAUAAUCAGUGAAAACGACUCGCUUUAAAGUACGAUUAAGUAACCGAUUCUCGAACAAACACAACAAAUCAAUAUGGUUCUAAUCAAGGAGUAUCGAAUAUGCAUGCCACUGACUGUAGAGGAGUACAAAGUAGGCCAGCUCUAUAUGAUCGCACGCCACAGCCUCGAACAAUCCGACGACGGAGAAGGGGUUGAGGUGAUCGAAAACAAAGAAUGCGACGAUCCGGACCAUGGCAAGGGACAGUACACCGAGAAGCGGAUACAUUUAUCAAGCCGGCUUCCUUACUGGCUGCAGGCGAUCUGCCCGAAGGUGUUCUACAUUAUUGAAAAGGGUUGGAACUACUAUCCUUACACCGUUACAGAGUACACGUGUUCCUUUAUUCCUAAACUACACAUACGAAUCUUAACACGAUUUGAAGAUAACGCUGGAACGUCGGAGAAUUGCCUGAAUCUACCGGAAGAAACCCUUGCGACCCGGAUCGUCGAUUCGGUGGACAUUGCGUUUGAGGAGCCGCCCGAAAAACAUUACAAACGGGAGGAAGAUCCAAAGUUUUUCAAAUCAAAAGUGACCAGUCGCGGUCCAUUGGUGGAAGGUUGGCGUGAAACGGACAGUCCCAUGAUGUGUUCCUACAAGGUGGUGGAGGCUUCGUUCGAAGUGUGGGGACUGCAGACCAGAGUGGAAGACUUCAUACAAAAGUGCAUCCGGGACAUUUUAUUGCUUGGCCACAGGCAGGCGUUCGCUUGGAUCGAUGAAUGGCACGGCAUGAACAUUGACGAUGUACGAAUGUACGAAAAAGAUAAACAGAUGGAGGCCAACGAUAAGCUGCGCCAAACAUUGCCGCCACCGACAGAAAACUGAUAAGAGCCGUUCAAGGCGCCCAGAUGAUGUUGUGCAAAGGUAUCGUAGUCUAGAACAGGCCCGGUUCUAGUAGCUGACGUGUCGGGUGUCGUACAAAAAAAGGGAAUGCUUGGCACGUCAGAGAACACCCAUUUAGUGUUUUUGAUGUCAUAUCAUACACUGCAGUUUGGCUUAUCGAUGAAUUGUACUUAAAAUUCGUUCAUGCGAUAACAGACCAACUGGCGACGGCACAGACUGGUGCCGGGAAUCGUUUCCUAAUGUAGAUUCUCAAACUAGAGAUAGGGAUUAGAAAAAGGACAAACUAAGUCAACACUCGAAUAGCUACACUAGUUUUUAUUGCCAACACCUUUGUUUAAGCACUAGACAUGAACGGUCACUAACAAGAAAGUAAGUUUCUCAAUAGUCGAAUACUUUAAACACGGACUGCGAUUCGUCAAUCAUCAUCUAAAACAAUAAAAAAGGCAAAUCG